AUGCCCAUCGAUGAGGACGCUCUUGAGCUCGAGGGUCUCGAGCAUGAUGAUGCGGUUGCUGCCGCUGCUGAGCUCAUCGGCCAGCUCUCCGAGAUGGAGGCCAUGGCCGAGCGCGCUGAGCUGCUCCGCGGGAAUGCCGCGCGUGUUGCAGCCUAUUGCGCCGAUCCGGAUGCCGGCGAUGUUGCCGACGUGCUCGAUGCCCUCGAGGCGCUGGAGGAUCUUGCGCAUCACGUCGACAACGCUUGGGCCGCCUCGCACGAUGCGACUCCUUUGGCUCGGGUCGCCACCCGCAGCCUCUGGCUGCUCGGCACCAUGAUGCAGAACAACGAGGCUGCCCAGCACGCCGCGCUCAACGCCUCGCUCUUUGAGGUCGUCGUUGACGCGUUUGCCCACGCUGCCACCGGCCUUGUCACCUCGAACGAUCCCGAAAUCCUGGCCUUUGCUACUUCUGUCCCGCUUGCCGGCUCUGGUCCGAGCGCACUUGCCAAGAAGGCUGUUUACGCCCUCGGCGCCAUGCUCCGUUCGUCACUCGCUGUGCAGCAGCACGCGAUCGACUCGGGUACCUUUGCCACCGUCCUGCCCAACGUUGUCACUGUCCUUGCCCGCGACCUUCCGCCCUGCGCUCCGAUCGAGCCAAAGUCGAUGGCCGGCAAACUGAUUGCCAUCGUCGACGACGUGUUGAGCGAGAACCCGUCCGAGACGUCCCAGGGCGUCGCCAUCCGUGCCGCACUGGCGCCGUCGUGGAAUCCAGCCGUCGCGCGCCUGCGCUGCAAGAGUUAA